AUGAUGGUCACUGCGAGAACCCCCUGGGGCUGGUUCCUGGGGCAUCUCUUCCUCGGGGUCACAGGAUCCUUAGCCUCAAGUGCCAGCGGCCGGAUCAUACAAGGCCAGGACUGCCGUCCUCACUCACAACCCUGGCAGGCGGCACUGUUCUCAGAAGACAAUUUGUUUUUCUGCUCGGGCGUCCUGGUGCAUCCGCAGUGGGUGCUGUCAGCAGCGCACUGCUUACAGGAUUCCUACACCGUGGGACUGGGCCUGCACAGCUUGGAAGGCUCCCAAGAGCCUGGCAGCCGGAUGUUAGAGGCCCACCUCUCCAUCCAGCACCCGAACUACAAUGACCCUCCUUAUGCCAAUGAUCUCAUGCUCAUCAAGCUCAACGAAUCAGUGAUGGAGUCUAGCACCAUCAGACGCAUCCCUGUGGCUUCCCAGUGCCCCACCCCUGGGGAUACCUGCCUAGUCUCCGGCUGGGGUCGACUAAGGAACGGGAGACUGCCCAGCCUGCUGCAGUGUGUGAACCUCUCGGUGGUGUCGGAGGAGACUUGCCGGCUGCUGUAUGACCCUGUGUAUCACCUAAGCAUGUUCUGCGCUGGAGGAGGACUGGACCGAAAGGACACAUGCAAUGGGGACUCUGGUGGUCCCAUAGUGUGCAACAGAUCCCUGCAAGGGCUCGUGUCUAUGGGACAAGGAGAGUGUGGGCAGCCUGGCAUACCGAGUGUCUACACCAACCUCUGCAAGUUCACUAACUGGAUCCAGACCACCAUUCAGACCAGCUAGCUGUGGACUGACCACACCGCCCACAUGAAGCCUGCUGAGGGAGUCAGAGGCUCAGAUUUGCUCCCAGCCUCCUCCCUCAGACCCACCCACAAGUUCAGGCCACAACCUCCCUCCUCAGACUCAGGGGUCCAGGCCGCAACCUCCUCCCUCAGACACAGGGGUCCAGGCCACAACCUCCUCCCUAAGACACAGGGAUCCAGGCCACAACCUCCUCCCUCAGACACAGGGGUCCAGGCCACAACCUCCUCCCUCAGACACAGGGGUCCAGGCCACAACCUCCUCCCUCAGACACAGGGGUCCAGGCCACAGCCUCCUCCCUCAGACACAGGGGUCCAGGCCACAACCUCCCUCCUCAGACUCAGGAGUCCAGGCCACAGCCUCCUCCCUCAGACCCAGAGUCCAGGCCACAACCUCCCUCCUCAGACUCAGGAGUCCAGGCCACAGCCUCCUCCCUCAGACCCAGAGUCCAGGCCACAGCCUCCUCCCUCAGACACAGGGGUCCAGGCCACAGCCUCCUCCCUCAGACACAGGAAUGGAACCCACCUGCAUUCUCCUCUGUGUGCAGCGUCCUCUAGCUGGUGUUGACCCAGCCUUGCCACUGUUCGGCUUGCCCCCACCCCAAACACC